CCUUGAGACAGAACAAGACAAAUAGCGAUGUCCCUCUCUCUCUCUUGAUCGACGGACUGGUCUCUCCCCUCUCUCUCUCUAAUCUCCGGCGAUCUGAUCGCGAUGAGUAACAGCGAGCUUCUCUCCGUCGAGCCUCUCGACCUUCAAUUCCCUUUUGAAUUGAGGAAGCAGAUCUCAUGCUCUCUUUACUUGACCAACAAGACCGACAAUCAUGUCGCCUUUAAGGUGAAGACAACGAAUCCGAAGAAGUAUUGCGUUAGGCCUAACACUGGAGUUGUUCUUCCACGGUCCACUUGUGAAGUUCUUGGUUCGUUCUCGCUUGAUUUAUUGUGUUUGGUGUUUAAUCGCCAAAGGAAAACUCCUUUCGAUAUAUUUGUUCUUCGUUUUGGUGACUGUGUAGUGACAAUGCAAGCUCAAAAGGAAGCUCCUUCCGAUAUGCAAUGCAAGGACAAGUUCCUGCUUCAGGGUGUAACUGCUAGUCCUGGCGUCACGGCCAAGGAUGUUUCUCCUGAGAUGUUUAGCAAAGAGGCUGGGUAUCUAGUUGAGGAGACUAAGCUGAGAGUUACUUACGUUGCUCCACCGCAACCGCCAUCACCCGUUCACGAAGGUUCAGAAGAGGGUUCUUCACCAAGGGCUUCUGUUUCUGAAAACGGAGGACAGGCUUCUGAAUUUUCUUUUCAGAGAUUUAGCGCGGACAAGGUUGAACCUCAAGAAAACACACCUGAGGCAAGGGCUCUCAUCACAAAGCUAACCGAGGAAAAACAGUCUGCCAUUCAACUUAACAACAAACUUGAAAGAGAAUUGGACCAGUUAAGGCGUGACAGCAAGAGAAGCCAAAGUGGUAUCCCUUUGAUGUACGUUCUCCUCGUCGGACUAAUUGGUCUAAUUUUGGGAUACAUUAUGAAGAGAACAUAACCAACCACCUCGGACACGCCAGCACGAAGAAAAAAGAAACAGACUUUUCUUUGUUUAACUCAUUUUCCAGUCAGAACAUUCGUUUUCUCUUUCUGUAUUUGACAAUUUCACCUAAGAAAGGUGUAUCUCUAGGGGAUUUAUAACUCAGUUUCCUUUUGUGUUUAACUUUUGUAAUCCAGUGACUUCAUUACAUGCUUCUUUGAAUGUUCACUUCCUAAAA